CGCCCGCGCGACGCGCGCGCGCUCGGCUGGACAUGCUCGCCGCGAUCGCGAAACGCGCCGCCUCGUCAGCGUGCGCCCGGACGGUGCGCGCGACGCGAAGCGACGACGCGCGAGUCGACGAUCGCUCGACGCGUGGGAUCGAUUGCGAAACGAUCGGUCGCGCGCGCGACGCGGUGACGCGCGCUCGCGCGCUCGAACGACGGCGAAACGAAUGACUGAUGGAUCGCACGCGAACAGACGACGACGCACGCGCGUUGGACGCGGGCGUUCGCGGCGGAUGCGAACGAUGAGAAGAUGGUCAUCGAGACGCCGGUGCCGUUCAAGGGACAUCUCAUCGUACCGCCGUCGCAGAUGGUGGAGACGACGAAGAGCGAGAUUAUCGAUAUGUUCACGCAGGCGUACAUGAUGCGUCGAUUGGAGAUCGCGGCGGAUGUGCUUUAUAAGGGGAAGUUUAUUCGCGGUUUUUGUCACCUGUACGACGGUCAAGAGGCGGUGUGCGUGGGCAUGGAAGCGGCGUUGAAUAAGCAAGACGCGGUGGUGACGUCGUAUCGGGAUCAUUGUAUUCAUCUUGGUCGUGGAGGGACGCCGCUCGAGGUGAUGGCGGAGUUGAUGGGACGCGUGGACGGCGCGGCGAAGGGGAUCGGCGGGUCGAUGCACAUGUACCGCCGAGAGGCAAACUUUUUCGGCGGCAACGGCAUCGUCGGCGCGCAGACCGCGAUCGGGGCCGGUUUGGGGUUCGCAUUCAAGUACAACAAACAACCGAAUGUGGCGGUGACGAUGUAUGGAGACGGGGCGGCGAAUCAAGGGCAGUUAUUCGAGGCGCUCAACAUGGCGGCUCUCUGGGAUUUGCCCGUGAUUUUCAUGUGCGAAAACAACCAUUACGGUAUGGGUACCGCACAAGAUCGCAGUGCGAAGAGCCCUGUCUAUUACAAGCGUGGGGAUUACGUUCCGGGUUUGAAAGUUGACGGCAUGGACGCCCUCGCGGUGAAGCAAGCGAUGAAGUUCGCGAAGGAGUACUGCGUCGCGGGCAACGGCCCGAUCGUGAUGGAGAUGGACACGUACCGUUACCACGGCCACUCCAUGAGCGACCCGGGAAGCACGUACCGUACGCGCGAUGAAAUCACGGGCAUUCGCCAAGAGCGCGAUCCCGUCGAGCGUUUGCGCAAGCUUAUCACUGAACAUAAUUUGCUCGACGCGACGCAAAUUAAGCAAAUCGAAAAGGAGCAACGGCGCAUCGUCGACGAGGCUGUCGAGCAAGCCAAGGCGAGCCCGCUGCCGCCGAACGAAAACUUGACUAAAAACAUGAACACCAACUUGGAGAACAUCGUCGUUCGCGGCGUAGACUCGCAGACUUUCCACGCUUUAGUUUAA